GCCGUGGGCCGAGCCGGCCGGAGCCGCCGGGCGGGAGAGACAUGGCUGAAAACCUUUCUUGGGAGCUCGGUGUCUGCACGGGUUAAGGCGUGCGGGGCGAGGUGGAAAAGUUGCUGUUGAAUUUCACUUUAAGGGACCGGACAGAAAGCAGCGAAAUGGAUGACUUCCGCUCCAUCUGCCUGCUGUCUCUGGCCAUGCUGGUCGCCUGCUAUGUGGCAGGAAUUAUCCCCUUGGCAGUUAAUUUUUCCGAGGAGAGAUUAAAGUUGGUGACUGUUCUGGGUGCUGGGCUGCUGUGUGGAACUGCCUUGGCUGUCAUUGUGCCAGAAGGAGUACAUGCACUUUAUGAAGACAUCUUGGAGGGGAAGCAUCACCCGGCGAGUGAGAUGCAGCAUGUGAUUGAGUCUGAGAAGGUAGCAGAAAUCCCGGUUGUACAUGAGUAUGGCCAUGACCAUUCCAGGUUGCAUGCCUACAUUGGUGUAUCCCUUGUCCUCGGCUUUGUCUUCAUGCUGUUGGUGGAUCAGAUAGGCAGCUCUCAUGUGCACUCUACAGAUGAUCCAGAAGCUGCAAGAUCAGGCAACUCCAAAAUCACCACAACACUGGGACUAGUAGUCCAUGCCGCAGCUGAUGGUGUUGCAUUGGGUGCAGCAGCUUCUACUUCUCAGACUAGUGUCCAGUUGAUAGUGUUUGUUGCGAUUAUGUUGCACAAGGCACCAGCUGCCUUUGGCCUGGUUUCCUUCCUGAUGCACGCUGGGCUGGAACGGAAUCGAAUUAGAAAACACUUGCUGGUCUUUGCAUUAGCAGCACCUGUUAUGUCGAUGGUGACAUACUUAGGGCUAAGUAAGAGCAGCAAAGAAGCCCUCUCGGAAGUCAAUGCCACCGGAGUUGCUAUGUUGUUUUCUGCUGGGACUUUUCUUUAUGUUGCCACAGUUCAUGUCCUCCCAGAAGUAGGAGGAAUUGCUCAUAGCCACAAACCUGAAUCAACUGGAGGAAAAGGACUCAGUCGUCUGGAGGUGGCAGCCCUAGUAUUAGGAUGCCUUAUUCCUCUAGUUUUGUCCAUCGGACACCAUCACUAAAUGCUCGAAUUUCACCGUUCUCCUCGAUCUGACGUGAGCAGUAAAUGUCGGCUGCUCCUUUUAUCAUUGUCUCUUACCCAUCAUCCAUCCCAUCCACUUUAUGGAGUUCAGAGGGAACCUUGAUUGCAAAAUGAGGAAUACUGGGAAAGUUUUUAGUGUAGCAAAAUGUACUUUGGCAGCCGGACAUAAAUUCUGUGUAACUUUCUUUUCUGAAGACAUGUGCUAUUUUAAUUGUUUCUUCUGGCCCUAUUCUCAGGGAAGAUGGAAUUUGGAGUUGAAGAAAGGUGAGCGGGGAAGAACAUAGCGACUCACGAAGUUGCAAUCACCAAAGUAUCCUGCAAUUCAGCUUUCACAGCUGAGAGCAAAAACAAAGGAUGGCUGCCUUGUGAGACGUUGAAGUCUUAGUAAUGAAGAAGGAGGCUCUCCCGUGUUGGUUCUAUGUUGUCCUGACAACGCGACUGGUCCUUGUGAUGUUUGUCACUAAUUGUAUUGCAAAAGUGGGCUAUACUUGGAACUCUGGACAACACUGCUAUUGUCACAGAAGUGUCACUGAUGGGAAAGAAAUGAUGUAGACAAAGUGUAGGAUUAGAGUAGGUAAUCAGCUGGUUAAGAAAGUGCAAAUGAAUUUUGCUGUGUAUUCUAUUAUUUAAGACAAAGGAUAGAAGCAAGGAGGAUAGUGUUUUGAUUGUUUAUGCAGUUGUUAAUAAGUUUUUAAAAGACAGUAUUUCUUGGGAGAUGGUCUUCUGCUGAGUCAGUAAAGCACAGGCACCAAAAAUGUUAGCAGGAAUUAGGUAUUGGGUACUGUGAUUACACUACUGCUACUGUUGAGAGAGAUACCCGUAGUAUCCCUUGAAAUUGAGCUGUUUGGGGCUCUGAGGAGUAGAAAUCUGAUUGUGACAGCUGUUGAGGGACCAGAGAACUUUACUAGCUCGUUUUCAAAAGUCUGAACUGCUGAAAUCAGUGGGGGUGUGGGAGAUUUUUUCUUUAAAAAGAAGGUAUUAAUGCUAGCAAAACAAGAUGUUUAGUUAAAUAUUUAUGCUGCAGAUAGAGUACAAAGUGUUUCUAAAGCAGUUCUGAACAAAAAACCCCAACAAACAAAAAACCAACCUGGUGGGUUCCCAGUGUAACUGUUAUGCAUUUUGCUUUGCAUUUGCCUCUUACUGACAAGUGUUAGUUUUGGUGAAUCCACUGGAAGACUUAUUGCCAACUGCUGAUGCCUCUCACUGCAGAAGAGUGAUAAAAGAUCCCUCCCUUUCCAAGGCAAAGCCUUCUCUUGUCAGGCACCAUUUCUUUUAUGCAAAAUAUAUUGUAAUAACUAGUGCAUUGAAAAGUCAGGAAUGCUUGAUGUGCACAGACUCAACACAAAAUUCUUUCUUUAGAGGAAAACUUUUUAAUGCCGUACCCUUUUUUAAGGUAUACUCUGUCUGCACUUUUUAAAGAUAACAUUGCCAAAUAUAUUUUUCUUUUGAUUUUUUUCGUUUGAAAUGGAUUUUCAAGGAUUGAAAUAUCUUCCUAACUGAAGUGCUUCUUGUUUCCAUUUGAAUGAGUGUGUCUGUUUUUCAUGCCAUUUAUUACUUAGGAAGCACAAUGGCCCAUGUAGUUUAAAUUCUUUGUUUUUGUCAUUGUCCUGUUUGUCUGCUGGUUCAAUAAUGGGCAUGGCCUGGCUCUUGGACUAGUGAUUGCUUUGUUGGCUUUGUAACCAUACAGGUGUAUCCCAGGAUUGAACCUAGUACUGAUCCCCAGGAGUGCUUGUUCAUUUGUGUGUUUUACUAUGUAAAAUCAAUGCAAAAUUAUUAGAAAUCAUCUUUUCCCACAAGACAGUAUUUUCAGAAUUAGUGUAU